AUGAGGUUUGGGUGCGUCAAGAUGGCGAUCAUCCGGCUGCUUGGCUCUGCUUUCAGUCAACUCCCUUCCUCGACAAUACGACGGCGACUACAUACGGAGAUGAUGGACCUCGUCUCUACUGCCUGCAGAAUGUCAGCCUCUCAAUCGCACAAGACCAGCUCCGCAUGUGGAUCGCUGCGGUGCGCAGACUGUCGUCCCGGUCGCAGCACGGCGGCCUGGCGAACUUUCCGGACGAACUUUUUCGCAAAGUGCAUGCGUUUCUUGGGCCCCUGGGGACCGCGCUCUCCAACCGCGACUACCUGGCUUCGGUUGCCGUUGAAAAGCGCCGCAAGGAUGUCGAGGGGCUUCUCGACUUGGUAG